AUGGUGCUGGUGAAGAUGUCGAUGGAGAUCGACCCCCUCCCGCUUUUUGAGAUGGUGAUCAAUGCCCCGACUAAAGCAGAGCAGAUGGUGAAAACAAUACAGGAGAAUACUCAAGUCGUGAACAAGAAGCUUGAAACUAUGGAUACUUAUCAUAAAGUGAAAAAGAUCGUCGAGAAUGGGGUGGGGGAUGGAGCAACCCCGGUCAAGGUGAACUCCGUGCAGAAUGCGUUGGGGAAUGGAGCCAAGAACUUAGGAGCUGGACCUGGAGCUGUUGCACCUGCAAGUGGAGCUGUUGGUGUUCCAGCGCCUGGAGCUGUUGACACAGCAAGUGGAGCUGUUGGUGUUACAGCACCUGGAGCUGUUGACUCUGCAGUUGUAGCUGUUGGUGUUCCAGCACCUGGAGCAGCUGACUCUGCAAGUGCAGCGGUUGGUGCUGGUGGCGUGAUUGGAGCGGACUCUGCAACCGGUGCUUGUGGUGCCAACUCGGUGACUGUUGCUCGUGGAAAGUGCGGUGGCCUGGUUCCUAAGGUCGAGAAUGGGGUGGGGGAUGGAGCAACCCCGGUCAAGGUGAACUCCGUGCAGAAUGCGUUGGGGAAUGGAGCCAAGAACUUAGGAGCUGGACCUGGAGCUGCUGCACCUGCAAGUGGAGCUAUUGGUGUUCCAGCACCUGGAGCUGUUGACCCAGCAAGUGGAGCUGUUGGUGUUACAGCACCUGGAGCUGUUGACUCUGUAGUUGUAGCUGUUGGUGUUCCAGCACCUGGAGCAGCUGACUCUGCAAGUGCAGUGGUUGGUGCUGGUGGCGUGACUGGAGCGGACUCUACAACCGGUGCUUGUGGUGCCAACUCGGUGACUGUUGCUCGUGGUGCGCCAGGAGCUCCAGCAGGAGUUGGACCCAAGGGCGAGUGA